AUGGCGAGCGUUCCCAAACCACGUACUGCGAGCGAUGCCAACUUAGACACACCCAAGUCAUCUACAGAGAAGGCCUUUCAGCGGGCCUACCGCGCUUGUGUCAACUGUCGCAAACAGAAGGUCAAGUGUGAUCUUGGUAGUAUUGAAGCACCAAAUGAUCCACCGUGCGCACGAUGCCGUCGAGAGCGAAAGGAGUGCCUCUUCCUAGAAGACCGCCGGGGCGGAACAAAGCCGUUGAAGCGUCAUCGCACGAGCAUGUCGGCGCGGUCUGCUUCCAAUGGUUCAGAUGCAUCACCCUCUUUUGAUACAGGCGCUGGCCGGGCAGCCGAGAAUGCGACGUUGGGACGAGCAGCGUCUCCUUCAUCAGAAGAGCGAAACCGGGACGCUAGCGAUCCAAUGAAUGUUCUCUCGAUUGUUGCUGGCAUGGUUCAAUCUGAGCGGAAUGGAAACAACCAGGAGACUCUCAGUCGCUCAUCUGCCAGGUUUGACAGUGCGUGGUCAUCCCAGCGCUUUGUACAAGAGAAUAUCAUCGACGCGCAACAGGCCCGCGAGUACGUCUUGUUCUUCUACAGAGAGCUCUUCACCUACUUUCCCUUCGUUUCCAGGUUUGGUCAUGACCCAGAAGCUAUGAGUCGCGAACCCAUGCUUUGCAUGACCAUCAUCACCAUUGCGUCUCGAUACCAUACGCUCAGCAACUAUUCUGGCCAAUUACCGCAAUCCUGCAUACACGAGCGAUGCUUCGACGUCAUGCGUGUCUAUCUGGAGCAACUCAUGUGGUGCAACUCGUCGAUGCAAUUAUUCGAUUGCAUUGAAGCGCUACUUCUAUUCGUUCAGUGGAUCCCAAAGGCUGUCCAUUGGCUCGGACACGAAAGACCUGAUCAUGCGGCAGAAGUCAGAGUCUCGAGCGACUACCGAACAGUCAACAGUGUUGUGAAAAGACUGGAUUCGAUGAGUUGGCGUAUGCUUGGUAUGGCCAUUCGGCUCGCUUCUGAGCUUGGCCCAAUCAAAGAAGAUCAAAGUACCAAUGCCUCGCGACAAAGGCGAGUGCUCGUGGCAUGCUUCUUGUCGGAGCAAACACUCUCUGUUCGGCUCGGGCGCUCUUCGACGCUCCUCGACAUUUUGCCACGAACGCGAGAUCAGGGCGCUCAGUCACCGCUGGAAAGUAUUCGUUUGGAGCUUGCUCGCCUCAAUACGACAGCACAACAAAUGCUCUUUCUCGAUGAGGCGACCACCAAGCGAGUCAUUGAUUCGCAAGACCAUUUGCGCAUCAUUUCCUGGCUCGAUCAUUCCCUUCACACAAUCAUGGACGACAUCAGCAUUCUCGGCGGUCUCGACAAGACUUUACUACUCAUUGACUGCUACUAUUCGGAACUUUACUUCAAGUCUAUUGCUUACCGCGCUCAUCGUGGACGUGCCGGCAAUGCAGCAGGAGCAAAUGGCAAGCUGGUCUUCGACUGUGUUGAAAAGGCAAAGUUGCUGCUGACCUCUGCCAUCCUGGACAAGAGCCCGCAAGGUCGCAGCUGGCUCAAGUUUGCGCCAGUACGAUACUACCAUCGACUCAUCUACUCGUGUGUCAUGCUCAUUAAAGUUCUCCGCGAUCCAGACUGGUCGAUGCUAUUGGUCAACAGUGACAUUCUGGCUAUUCUGGAAUCUACUGUUACUUUGCUGUUCAAUUGUGCACCUGAUGAGCUUCAUUUAUCGAGACGGUACUCGAUUCUUUUGGGUAGGCUAUCGAUUCAGAGAAGAUCAUUGCUAACGACAGACUCACUCAUUGCUCAACUCCGACCCGCAGCCGUGGACACGUCCCUAAAUAGAAACCUACCUCAGACCCAGCAGAUCGACACAAGUGCAAUUCUACCAGGAAAUAUGGUACCGGGUCAGACGUCCUAUCCAGCAUUCGGGUUGCAGGGUCCAUAUGUGGAACAUGAUCCUGCAUUCACACUUGACUUUUUGGACACAUUGCUCAGUGGCCAGGGACAAGGCUGGGCGUAA